AUGGCUCGCACGACCAUCCACCUCCCGAGCCUGGAGUACUACCGCUCCAAGCGCGCCGCCAACGACAUCCGUCACCGUCGAGAGCAAGACCAGGAUCGCUGGAUGACCUUAACUGGUGACUGGAAAACCAACCUCAAUGUGCACAAAGCCAUUCGAGCGGUGUUGAGGACCACAGAGUGCGAAGAAGCUCUGAUGCAGAUUGUCGCGAUCUUGGAGCAGUAUUUCCCCUCUUCUUCUCUUCCUUUCCCAAGAAUCCGGCUGGAAAGCCAAACUUCUGAGGGCGCACGUGGCCUGGCGCCGAGCGGACUAUCAAGCUCGGAACGGAUUGUGUGA